AAUUCAACAAGAUCAAACAACCAUCAUUUACCGAAGGACGUCUCCCAGAGUGUUCAUUGCAUAGCAAUGGCCUUAGAUGAAACCAACUCACUGUCUCGGCUCACUGAACAAUUUCCUGGCUAUGAAAAGUUCACCUCACAUAUCACGAGUGUUACAUUAUCCUUUGUCCUUCCGUUCUUGUACAUUACCGACCGCCACAAUCCGCGCAUCACAGCCUCAUUGCUUAAUCAGAUUUACCGCAACAGUGGAGACUGUUCUCCUACACAUUUUGCGCACAUAAACGCAACCGCUUGCUUUACAGCGCGGUUGUUGUAUGAUACUGUACUCAACGCGCUCGCAGGAUGGGAAGUGACCUGGGAGAAUGGAUGUCAAAAUUGGCCUGGUGAGGAUGGGAAAAGAUACAACGACAGUAUCGAUAGCUUUUUACAUGGACUCCGGAAUCUACGCAACAAAUCCUGGGGAGGAACGGCUAAAGGAAGUGGUAGAACUGCAGAUGAGGAACCGAGGAUGGUGCUCCUUAUCGAGAGAGCCGAAAGGCUGAAGGACAACCUCCCGGACCUUAUUGUUCCUCUCACACGUCUCGCAGAAUUGUCACAGGUGAAGAUAACGACUAUCUUACUGUCCUCUGCGCGAUGGGAAGAUAUUAAGCCACCUCUUGGUGCAUCCCCAGAUCCCUAUUUCAUCGAUAUCGACCCCCCAAGCAAACAGGAUACAGUUGAUAGCCUUCUUUUUGAGUUUCGUUCCGCGUCCAUAACACAUGCACGUGCAGACAAGCAGGAUAAGACGUACCAUCCAUCAUUGCUGCCGUUGUACGAACAAUAUGUGGAACACGUCUACAAUGUCUGCUCUCUUUACACAACCGAUAUCCAGGAACUGCAGUAUAUUGCCGCUGCACGUUGGCCUGGGUUUGUUAAGCCUGUGCUGCGGGAGCAAAGUGAUGCUCAUGGAGACGGGGACCCAGACCCAGACGGAACAUGUACUGAACUGACACUCCCUGCUUCCGACGGCCGCAUGAGACUGCUCAAAUUCUUCACCCCUUCUCUGACGACAGCACUCGAUGUACUCUAUCCACGCUUGACCAAUGCUACGGACUGGGCGUUAGCCAACGACCCUGACAUGCAAGCAUCAGAAGAGGCACAAUGUCAAACAAAUACGGAAGGGAGCAUCAUCGUUGACCACCUACCGCGAAUGUCCAAGUUCAUCUUGCUUGCGGCGUUCCUCGCUUCGACAAAUCCUGCCAAGAGUGACGUGCGAAUGUUUGGUCGUGGUGCAGAUAAGCAGAAAAGGCGACGUCGGAAAUCUGCGUCGCCAAAGAAGGCUGGGGCGCAGACAACUGUUGCAAAGGUUUCACAAAGACUACUUGGCCCUGUAGUAUUCCCACUGGAUAGACUUCUCGCAAUUCUUGGCGCUCUCUUGGAGGAGAACGAUGUUGAGAACCGGCCUCACGAACCUUGGUUUGAGCUUCCAGGGGAGUACACCGACAUGGAAUUGGGGCGUGUGCACAUUUACGCCGCUAUCACUGAGCUUACGUCCAUGCGUGCCCUACAUCGCACGACUGCUGUCGAGAAACUAGAGGGACCGCCUAUGUAUAAAUGUGGAAUUUCAUUUUGGGUAGCAGGGGCGCUUGCCAAGGAUUUGCAGGUACCGCUAAACGAUCUCAUGUGGGACCCGGUGUAGUGCUUCGACAGCAUGGCCACUGGACAUUCUUCCGUACAUGUCAUAAUGCGUGCCACAAAGCGUUUACCUUGUGGGAGUCAGAGAUAUCAGCUAAUGGUGCGAUCUCCAGGGUUGGUGGUACUGGGAUACUGGCACAAAUGUAGGUCCUACAUAGUGCGUCAACUCGUUUUGGUCGAUCAUGAUGGUAUGAGCUGGCAAUCGAUCUGAGUCUGGCACACCUACUUGGUUUGGCUAGAUUCUCAGGGCCAUUUUGUUCACAAGGAAAUCACAACACAUCGGUAUUAUUGCUUUUAUUUGUGUUGUACUUGGCGAGUACCAGUAGUCAAUAGAAUGUAUAGUAAGACUGUUGCUACCUCAAUGAUCAGAUACCUUCACUUGCGG